AUGAGUACUUUGGGGAGAAGUCAGGUGGAGGAGGAAGGAACGAUGAUGUGCCAAUUAGUGAAGGAGGUGAAGGGCAGCAAUGGGGAUUUAGAAGAAGAAGAAGAAGAAGAAGAAGAAGAAGUGUGGCCGGUGGAACACCCGAUGGAGCCAAUGGAGGAAGACCGUCCUGUCAUAUGCCCAAUUCCUACCUCUUCUCUUCUUCCUCGAGAAGGAGAAAGUUAUGGUCUAAAGAAGAAGGUGGAAAGUUGGAGAAAGAGAGCACAGAAUCCAGUGGCAACAGCAACAAUGCCAAUUAUGAUUAACAAUAAUAUGGAUAGGCUAGACGUGGCAGAGGCCGAUGAGAGUAUUGGAGUAGUUCGUAAGCGUCAUCAUACACACAAUAGCCAGAAAGUAGAUGAUUAUCGUAGUAAUGAUCAUCAUCAUCCAACUGGUGAAGAUGGAUUGAGAAGGAUGGCGACUUUAUCUCUCCCAUCAAACAAUAAUGUUGCUAAUACUAUCUUUCAUAUGCUUCAACGUGAUUUUUAG